UGGAGAUUCAGCUAUUUCAGGCAGGACGUGAUAUGAAUGAGACGUACAAUAGAUGAACUAAAGGAGCAACAACCCGCGCAGCACUGCAGACAAUUCACCACCACUGCGGGUCCACUACAUAACGCCUAGCUAAGUGUCUACGUCGGUAGGAUUAACCGAUAAAAUGCCUUCUCCUAAAGCUAAAAACCCCGUUCGCAGUGGUGGAAGCCCGGUGCUCGGAAGCUCCAACGGCCGCUACGAGUUCAUGUCGCUGACGAAGCCGUUGAACCGGUCCUCGCCGUCGCAUCUCCUCCAGCGGCAGGGCUCCGAGCCGACCACGGCUCGCCUCCGAGCAUCGGAGAGCCCCACUCGGCGCCGGGGCUCCAGCUCCUCCACGGGCUCCGCGAGCGGCCAGGGGCUGUCGGAAGAGGACGGUAUACGGCUCAACCCCUCCUUCGUCCGCGUAGCGCUCAGCUCGCUUCUCGCCAUCGACCUGUGGAUGUCCAAGCGGCUGGGGGUGUGUGCCUGCGAGGACUCUUCCUGGGGCAGUGUGCGCCCGUUAAUGAAGCUGAUAGAGAUAUCGGGACAUGGGAUCCCCUGGCUGGCUGGUACCGUUUACUGUCUGUACAAGAGUGACAGUGCUGCAGGACAAGAAGUCAUGCUCAACCUUCUCAUGGGCCUGCUGUUGGACCUGGUCCUGGUUGCCAUUGUUAAGGCAGUAGUGCGUCGGCGUCGGCCAGCACAUAACCGUAUGGACAUGUUUGCCACCUUUUCUGUGGACCGCUACUCGUUCCCUUCAGGCCAUGCCACCCGCGCUGCCAUGUGUGGGCGCUUCCUGCUGGCUCACCUGGUGCUGGCUGCCCCGCUGAGGGUCCUGGUCCUGCUGUGGGCCAGCCUGGUGGGGCUGAGCCGAGUGAUGCUGGGCAGGCACAAUGUCACUGACGUGAUGUUUGGCUUCUGGAUGGGCUAUUGCCAGUAUAACCUUGUAGAGAUGUUGUGGCUCUCACCUCAAACCCUGCAAGGGCUGCUGGGACAGUUAGCUUAAUAUUAGUGAUUGAAGGAGGACAAGACAUGGAGAUUUUAAUCUUGAUUGUAGGAGCACCUGCACACCUUUUUGUCUUUUGACCGAUUUACGUAUAGGAGAAAUUGUCUUAAAGAAGAGAGCUCUAUCAAACAUAGCUUUGUUCUGCUGUUAUCUGACACUUAAAGGCCACUUUCAAUCAGAAUAGAUAGACCAGGAGAAAUUUCUCCAGAUUAACCUGAAGCCAUCUCACUCUCUCUGCCAGCCAGAUUCACUGGAAAGGAUUUAGGGCGUUUUCACACCUGCCUUGUUUAGUUUGGUUGAAUCGAACCCUGAAGCGUGCCAAGCAUACAAGCAUUCGUUUGGCCAGGUGUGAACACAAUAAACACACUGGGUGCAGACCAAAAAAAAAAACGGACCAAGACCACCUUGAGGAGGGGGUCUUGACCCGAUUACAAACAAAUUCUGGUAAGCUUCGGUACGGUUUGUCUGUGGUGAGAACAGGAUCCUACCUGGAUCAGACCCAGCUAUCAGCUGUACUCCGCAAGUUUGAGCUAAACGGCUGCCGUAGUCAGUUGUGCUUUGCCAUUUGCGAGCAUGCAAACUGUGGCAGUUUGCAAUAAUUCUGUCACAGAAAUAUACUGCGAUCAAGCUCACCAUCACUCACGCUCCGUGGUCUAGAUGUGUGUACGUCUCAGCCGCCGCUAAAGUUGGAGACCGACUAGGGCUGCACAAUUAGUUGCAAUUGUGUCGAAAUCGCAAUAUGAACUAGUGCAAUAUCCAAA